UUAAUGUGUGUUUGACUUGACUUGAAAUUUUAUAUUAUAGUCGAGUGUAUAUUAAUCAUCUUUGAAAAGAAUAUGCUCGGAAGACGGACGCAAAUAAUUAUGCUAUUUAUAAACUAGAGAUUCAAAACCUAUUUGUCACUAUACACUGCAAAAUAUCCCCUACCCAUGAGAUCAUUGUUUGCAAUGUCUACAUUUUCAUUUUGAUUUUGAGGUAAUUUUAUCUAAUAUUUAAUCAUUUUUGUAAAUGUUGCAAAUUUAUGUAGCUAAUGAGAAUCCCUGAAACUGUCACUUAAAUUUUUAGGCAAAAUACUUCUAAUUAGUUUUGUUCAAGGUGAUUAAAUCAAACGUUUUUAAUAGCUGUUCAAAGUGGGCAUUGAAUGAUCCAAUCACAACGGAGAUUAAAUUGUUUAUAGAAUACUUGAGAUGUUAUGAAAUGCGUGAAGUAGUUUAAACUACUUCAAAGAGUUCUCAUCAAAAAAUCCUCCACGUGCAGCAUUGACAGCUUUGCAGAUCCUUGGCAUUCUAGCUGUCAGUUUGUCCAGAUACUCAGGUUGAAGACAUCACAGUCCUUCUGCCUUGACAGUCCGUAGAGCCUUGAAACUUGCCUUUUUGUGUUUAUUACCCACCACGCCAUGGUGCGCCACAGCAAGCUACAGAAGCAGGUCUUAUCCCUGUAUCGCCAGUUUCUGCGUGCUGCACAGGACAAGCCGGGCUUCAUACCGAGAAUACGAGAUGAAUUUCGUGCCAAUGCUUCAAUCAAGAAAUCUGAUGUCAUGCACAUAGAAUAUCUGUAUCGGCGUGCCCAACGCCAGCUUGAACUGCUUAAAGAUGUCCACACUAAACAACUAGGAACUUUCAGCAAGUCUAAAGAGGACAGUUGACCAUUCAUAUCAUCGUCUGUCAGAGUUAUAAUCUUGUGGUAUUUUGUAUAUGUAAUGUUUUGGAGUUUUCUGUCUGUGUUUGAGUGUAGGUGUGCCGCUUUCUGAUUGGCUCCUACACCAAAAUUGAUGACUGCUCCUGAUUGGUCCAGCUGGAUCUUUGAGCCUUAAAAAACCUUGCCGCCACCACCACCUGGGUUGGCCUUCUUGAUCUGAUGGCUCCUGUUUGUUAGCUCAUGUUUGUUUUGUUGGCCUUCUUGAUCUGAUAACUUGUGUUUCUCUGCAUUUGACCUUUUGCCUGUACUAGUUGUGAUUUAUUUUUAUUUUUUUUGGGAUACUCAUUUGGACUUUGUUAAUUUAAGAACUGUUUGUAUAUACUUGUAAAUAGAACGUAAUUUGCGAAGUGGGAAGUAGGGAGUCUGACGCCAUUUUUGUUUAUUGCAUAUAUUUUGCCUGUGUUUAUUUGGUUAGGGAGUUAGGGUAGUUUAAUUGUCUUUUCUUUUACUUAUUGUUUUAUCAGGUUAAUAAGAAGAAGGGGAACUUGGGUAUUUGUUUAUUAUUUUGGCCUGGUCUGCUUCUGAAGCUUAACUCCACAUUUUCCUUAGUUUCUUAAAAUACAUUUUUAUAUAUCUCUACUUCCAUCUCACAGCACUUUUUCUGUUGCAACCUGACACUAGACGGGUCGUAAAAGUCAGCCAUAAUGUAUUAAAAUAUUUCACAGAAUGUGAUUUACAAAAAACAGAAGUGCACAUGUUGCUUCCCUGGGUUCAAUUAUCCAAAUAAUGAAAGGAUCAGUAAAACUCACUCAUCUCAUGGAAUCAAACAGAAGCAUGGGGCAUUUGGGGAUAAAUUACAAUUUUAGCAUGUUGUUUGUGUCAGUUUAUUGGCAGGUUAAAUGCAGAUUAUUUGGUACUAUAUCAGUAUUCUCACUUUUCCUUGGCCUCCAAACUCUUAUGAAUACAGUGUCAUCUGUAUGUAAAUGGGGACACUGAAUCAACCAUGUACUGUUAAGUGUCAGUGUAAUGUCUGUUAACGCUUCACUGUUUGGCAUUGCAUGAAUUGAUUCAACAAGAAACAUUCAUUAACCUUCUUGGCACAUUGUUACAAUGCUGCUAAUAUACUUCUAUUUAUUGUUUUCAUGUUGACAUUUUGAAUCUUAAGGGUAUACAAACAGUUGUUGAUGUUUUUUACACAAGAGUUGUCAACUAUAAAUGAAAGUGCAGACUGCCUCGAUUUCAUAUAAACAUUUGUACAUGCUUUCUACAAAAAUACACAUGACCAAAGUCAUUUAAUAAGCCAUGCCUCUAAAAGAUGAUGUCUGUGGCAAAUGCUCCAUAAAAGGAAACAAGUAAAACCUGUCAUAAUACACAUAGAGCUACCAUAUUUGCUACAUAUAAUGUUUAAAGGGUCUAUUAUUAAUUUAUUAAUAUGAUUGCAAGACAUUUAAACAAGUAAACAACUGUGACCAGUGGGAAAAACUUUUUUCAAAAUGUGACUGACUCCCAUUAUAAAAUUGUGAAUUUCAAAAUAUUAUUACAAUAAAUAAAGUAAAAUUAAAAAGGAA